AUGUUCGGCUUCAUCCAGGUCAGGGACCGGGAUUCCUCUUCUACACACGCAAGCCUGUCCGCGACAGGUAUCAGCAUCUUUAACCACCAAGAGUCCGACGCCGACGCCAUGCGCAAGGGAAACCGCCCUCCGCCGCUGAACCUCAGCAUCGUGACCCGACCGAGGUCGCUGCCCCGGGUAUCCAGGACACCCGUGCUUCUGGCAAAGGAGCUGACGCCCCUGCUGACUCCCCUUCCCGAGGAAGAGGUCGAGGAGGACCCGCAGGGCCCGGUGGUUCGCGCCGUGAGGAUAUCAGUCGACUUCCUGCAGAUUGUUUCAUGCAUGCUGGUGAUGGUGAUGCUGGCCAUCUUCCUGGCAUCGUACCCGGGGGCUGCAUCGUCGAGUUAUGGAAUCAGAGCCUCGAUACUCAUGGCAGCAUUAGCCUGCGAUGUCGGCCUCGGCAUCUGGUCUAUCCGCUUCUACGAUCGGCCGUGGUCCGGCCUCGCUGUGGUGCUCCGGAUGCUCACCGCGGCGGUGCUCGUCGGGAGCUUAGUGGGCUUUCUCGCAGCGGGAAGAGUGUUUCCGGCAGACUACACGUACUGGAACCUGGCAUCCUCGCAAUCCGGCGGGCCGGUGUUGGGUCUUGUCUCUGCAAUUCUGGGCUGGGACCUGGUCCAUGUUCUGCUGUCUCACCGGAUCGUCGGUUGUUGGCUGUGGAUGCAGUGCUGGUGGCAGCGGCUGCGGAUGCGGCGGCGGUGUAUGACAGCUGGAGCUCGGGGACGGGCGAGGAAGAUGGUCGGCGGGCCCUGGUGGUCCGCCUCACGAUCCCGACGAACGGCAGCCGAGUCGAAACGAGGCUGGAGCUGCUCGUUGUGA